GGGGAAGUCGCAAGAUGGCCGACGUCGCAUGAAAGUAUGUUCCGCUCCACAACAUGAAGUCGUGAGUGAGAGAGUCAACGUCUGGGUUUUGUUUUUGUUUUAUUUUACUUUAUUUUCCCCUUAAUUAUUCAUCUCAUUCCGAUUCGCGGCUUCCCCCGAUUUGUCUCGACUAGUUGACGCGUCAAUCACGCCGCGAACUGGGCUAACUGGCUAAGUGUGCGAGCUAGUUUGUUAGCCACAAACUGUAGCUCUUAUAACUGUUAUCCAGUGAAACAUACUGUAUUCACUAUUAACUAGAGUUCGUUUUAAUUAACAAGCGAGCAUGUUGGUUAGCAAGUCAGUGUUUAAUUUGCACCUAGAUGGGUAGCAAAUAGGGUUAUAUAUUUCGGUGUUCACAAAAUUGUCGACAUAACUGUAGCGUGCGUGCUGGUAUCCUCCAUCGUUACACUGUAGAAUGUGGUCAUGAUUUUUUCCACCGUGCAACAUUGUAAUUACUCAAAAUACAUAGACGGUAUUUCGGAUUAUUAUUCUGGUGUGCCACUGUAACACAGUAAGGAAUGGACACAUUGCACUUACGCGACCAAAUAUAAAAAAUAGCUGCAUGCAUCUGUAAUUUUACAGGGGGUUGGUUAAUAGUUGCAAAUGUCGGAUAAUUUACCAGACUCAACACAGUGUAGACAUUUCAUGUGAUUAGUUAUUUAUCUGUAACUGGCCAGAUAUAGUUAAGAGACUUUGUUUAAACAUAUAACCAAUAAAUCAGUUUUAGACCGCUAUAGAACAUGGGAGUUCAAGGGUUUCAAGAGUAUUUGGAGAAACGCUGCCCCGGGGCGGCCGUUCCAGUAGACCUUCUCAAGCUUGCGCGAACAGUAGGCCGUCAGCCCCCACAUCAUCAUCACCACCACCACCAUCAUCCAAGCUCGCUGCCUCCGCCUCCCCCGCCAGCUCGCAUUCUCGUCGACGCAGACUCUGGCCUUCAGCGGCUCUACGGGGGCUACCAGACCGACUGGGUGUGUGGAGGCGAGUGGAACGCAAUGCUCGGCUAUCUGGCGGCGCUGUCCCAGGCCUGUUUAUAUCAGGGCGGGCUGGAGCUGGUGGUUGUUUUUAACGGCACGCUUGGGAAGGAUCGGUGGCCGGAGUGGGCGCGCCGGGCACAGGGGCAGCGGCAGACAGCACAGCUCAUCGUCAACCACGUCGGGAGCAAGGCUACGCCCCCUCCGCGAGCCUGGUUCCUGCCCCCGGCCUGCCUGAGCCACUGUGUCCGCCUCGCCAUGUUCCGAUUCCGCGUGCGGGUGGUGCAGACCCUUGAGGACCAUCAUCAGGAGGUUUUAUCGCUGUACAGAGACUAUGGUUUUCAGGGGCUAAUCGCACAGGACUCAGAGUUUGCGCUAUGCAAUGUUCCAGCAUAUUUCAGCUCCCAUGCUCUCAAGCUCUCCUGGAAUGGCAAGAAUCUGACCACUCAUCAGUACCUGCUCUCAGAGGCUGCUCGUCAGCUCGGCCUAAAGGCCCAGCACCUGCCCAUCUUUGCUGCUCUUCUUGGUAACCACAUUCUUCCAGAUGAAGACUUAGCUGCCUUUCAUUGGAGUCUGUUAGGCCCAGAACACCCUCUUGCUUCACUCAAGGUAAGGGCUCAUCAGUUAGUCCUCCCUCCCUGUGAGGUUGUUAUUAAGGCUGUAUCAGAGUAUGUGGCAUCCAUCAAAGAUCUUGGGAAUUUGGAUUCGGUGGCCAAGGAUGUUUUCAAGCAGUCACAGUCUCGAACUGAAGAUAAAUUUGAGAGGUUUAAGAAGGCAGUAGAAUAUUUUUCAGUGGCCAGUAAACCAAGACCUCUCUCCAUGGGACCUUCUCCUUACCUCUUUCCAGGCUUUGGGCCUAGUCAGUUUAGCGGACCUCCAGGCCACAUGGGGGCAGUGCAGCCUGGUAAAGCUCAGUUUGGUCCACCCCAGGUGUCAGGUGUUAAGGUGCCUUAUCCAGGUGGGCUGUAUGUACCCAACCCUGCCACUGGUCCUACACUUUUAUGCCAGAACCCCACUCAGACUCUGCAGGACUGUAAUGAUUCACUAGUUGGGAAAAUGGGCUUUGCUGAUUGGUCUGCUCCAUAUGAUUCCUCUCAAGGUGGCAGCCGACAGCCCAAUCAUCACACAGCUGCUCCCACAGUCCCUUCCCCCUCAUCAUCAUCAUCGUCUUCAGAUGGGGAGGAGCAAAAUGACACCAGCACUAAUCAUUUGGCUGAAAAGUCAUCAAGAUGGGAAGAUCCCACUGGACGUGGUGGUGGUGCCUCUGGGGACGGCCACCAUGGUAAUGGAAGUGGGCCGGCCAUCCCAUCUCUGCUCUCCAUGCCAACACGUAGUCACAUGGACAUCACAACUCCACCCCUUCCACAGGUCAGUGCUGAGGUGCUGAGAGUGGCAGAGCACAGACACAGGAGAGGACUCAUGUACCCGCAGAUGUACCACAUCCUGACCAAGGGGGAGAUGAAGAUGCCAGUGUGUAUAGAGGAUGAGUGCAACCCCGACCUUCCUCCUGCCUCUCUACUUUUCCGUUCUGCCCGCCAAUAUGCCUACGGGGUGCUGUUCAGUUUGGCUGAGACCCAGCGAAGACUGGAGAGAUUGGCCAUGCGCAAGCGCAGUCCUGUUGACGUGCCUCCGGUGAUUGUGAAGGAGUGGUGUGCCAGUAAAGCUAAAUCUGCCCUGACCCCAGAGCUCGUUCCAGCCUUGUGUUUUCGUGAGUGGACGUGUCCCAACCUGAGGCGGUUGUGGCUGGGCAGAGCUUCCGAGGACCGCAGCCGCCGCACUCGAGCCUUCCUGGCCUGUAUGCGCUCUGACUGCCCUGCCCUGCUCAACCCGGCCUGUGUGCCAUCUCACCUGCUGCUCAUGUGCUGUGUGCUCAGGUAUAUGAUGCAGUGGCCAGGAGGCCGCAUUCUUCAGCGCCAUGAGCUUGAUGCCUUUUUGGCUCAAGCUGUGUCCAGCCAGCUCUAUGAGCCUGACCAACUGCAGGAACUCAAGGUGGAGAAGGUAGAUAACCGUGGGGUGCAGCUGGCUUCUCUCUUCAUGAGUGGAGUGGACACCGCCCUGUUUGUGAAUGAUGUAUGUGGACAGCCCCUGCCGUGGGACCACUGCUGCCCUUGGGGCUUUUUUGAUGGGAAGUUGUUCCAGAGCAAACUAGCUAAAGCCACCAGAGACAGAGCCUCCUUACUUGACAUGUGUGAAUGCCAGGAGGAGCUGGUUUCAAGGGUGGAGAAGAUGCGCCAGGCUAUUCUUGAAGGCAUUAACUUCUCCCGACCUCCACCCCCACCUCCACCACUGCCACCCCCUGCAUUCCUUCCUCCUGCCAUGGUGCCCCCUUUCUACCCCAUGCACCCUCUGUACCCUCCCCGCCCUCUGGGCUCCAUGCCUCAUCCUCACCAGCAGCACAGGCCCAGGGCCUUCCCAGGAAUCCAGUCUAUACCUCCCCAGGGUGGCAAGCUGGAAAUAGCUGGCAUGGUUGUUGGUCAAUGGGCUGGGAACAAACCAGUCCGAGGCAGAGGGGGGUUCAAUAUGCAGGUGGUGUCAGUAGGAGGGAAAGGAAGGGGUAAAGAAGUGAUAUCGAAAGUAGGGGGUGUUAAGAAAGUGACCACCAGUAGAACACAGACUUUGUCCUCAUCGCCUCCCUCUACCAGCCCCCCAAAGCUCACCGAGGAUCCUAAAGCUGUGGGGCGGCCCUCUGGACCCACAGAGGAAACAGUGACUGUGUCGCAGCAGCUAAAUGGCAGCUCUUCAGGAAGCGCCACUGGUCAAGCCCUUGACCUGCCACCACUGGCCCAGCCAAUCCAGUGUGCCUUAGCCAGCAGAGACAACCAGUCAGGAGAUGGGGUGGAGGUUGAGGCCACUUGUUGCCUUGACGACUCCCCAUCAGAUGGUGCACUACAGAAAGAGGAGUAAUUACAUCCCAAAAUGUAAUAAGAAUAAGAGAGUGAGAGGGAAUGAUCUAUGGUCGACUGCCUUUUCCUUGCAAAAUUGAAUAUUUAGGGCACAGUAGCCACUUUGUGUUGUCAUGAUAUAAUUUAUGAUGCUACACAUGCUGGAAACGACAGAUGGACAGUGACCUGAAUGUGGUCUAUAUGUCACCUUAAGAGCCGGUUCUGGUUUAAAACUGAUAGAGUUUAAAUCGAUUGCACAGCGCCCUGAAUCUUUGGAUUCUGGACCUCAUCCUUUCCACUGGCCCAUCAGUGUUGUAGCAUUGUGAAAAGCUAUUGAGUUUGUUUUUUGUUUUUUGCAGACCUGUAAUAUGUCAAUGGUAAACCUUAUAUGUAUGAUUGCCUAAAAUGGCUACAAAAGGCCCUUAUUGCCCAAAGCUUACUUUAAAAUGUACUUGUUUAAAACACUGUUGCACCGUGUUAAGCAGCACAACAACGUCUUACUCUAAAGUUUCCACCACACGGCAUAAAAUUGCUUUUGUUGUAUAUGAAUUGCACCAUAGUGGAGGAGUCACAGACAACAUUGCCCUGAAUACAGUAGAAGAGUGGAAACUGAUGGAAAACACAGGUCGUAUUUGUAUGUCACAGUGUACAUUCAAACACACAUGGUAGUCCCUUCUUUGGCCAUUAUCGUAGGGUGAAGUGCAUGUGAAGAAUUUGCCAUUGUCUUCAGAACAGGCUCAGAGAUAGUGUAUAAGUGAGGAUGAGCAGGAUGAAUUAAGAGACCAAGAGAUUCAUUCGGAUUGCACUCACCAUUGCAUAGCUUGCUCAACUCUUGUUGCUUUAUCUCACACGUAGACUUAUGACAAUCUUGUCAGCUUCUUUUGAGCCCACUUCCCCUUUAGUAUUAGCUAAUAGCAGAACAAAUCAGUCCUACAGCUACUGAAAGAGUUUUAAAUGUAUUUUUAAAGCACCUUAUGUCCCAUGUUAAAUAGAUAUGCAAGCCCCUCCCCUCCGCAGAGGAGGAAAUGCCCUUGAAAAUGUAUUGUAUUCUAACAUAAAGCACUUAAAAUUAUAUUUAUGAUAAGGAGAAAAUAGUACUGUGCUAUAUAGAUACCAUAAUUUGGUUAAUUGGAUAAUUUUUUACUAAUGAGCCAGUUGGUACCCCAGCAGAUCUUCAUUCCUAGACAGUUUAACUGUCUAUAUAAGCUUUUAUCUUGUGUUUUGUUUAACGUACAAAUUAGGAUCAACUCAUUUGAAUGUGAGAACGGAGUGCGCAGUAAUCUGCGCUUUGUUUUAAAACUAAUGAAAACACACUGGGUUUGUCCUCGAACCAGGAUAAAGAAGAAUCGAGACCUCUGCCAGAGUUAGAGAGAAUAUAUAACGAUGUGUUCAGAUGGAACCAUGACACGGUUUGAUAUCCCAAAUAUUUGCAUAUAAACCCAAAUGUUCAUGAUCCUGUGAUUGAGGGGAGUGAUUUUAUCAGUGGUUGAGAAUGCACACAGUCCCUCAGUCAGACCUAAAGACCUGCCAUUUGGCGCACCUCAACUUCACAACGAUUUUGAAUGUUUUAUUUUAUUUUAAGUUUGGUUUUAUUUUUAGCAGUUUAGCUUUUCUCACCCUGCCGUCAUUCACAUCUCCUGUGUGCCUUGUGCAUGUGUACCAUGUGGAUGUUAUUUUGUGCAUGUGCAUUCUCCCACCAUAGCUAAAAUCAUUGAAAUUGUGUAAAAACUCAAAAUAAUUGAAAGUAAUUAUUGAACGAACCUUCUGUUGUGACAAAAAAUAUCGGAGUCCGCUUCUCCUGACCGUUUGUGACAAUAAUCUGUCUUGUCUUGUUUUUGUGACAGUUCUAUGAACUCAUGCACUUCUAUCGAGGCAAAUGGGCUUUAAAAAAUCUAAACAAAACGAAACCCUAUAGAUUAAAGCCCUAGUUGCCAUUUUAUGUUUAAAUCAAAUGGCUUGGAAAUUAUUUUACUUGUUAAUGUUUUAAAUCCAUUUUAAAAACAUUUAAAUAUAUGUUUUGCACCAAUGAUGCAUUGAACGUAAUUAAUAAAAAAUGUUAAUGUAAGAAUAAUUAAUAUACUUAAGAGAGCCUAUUACAUUUAAUGGUCAUAGUUUAAGAUCUGUACAACUGACAAUGCCAAGAUUACAUCGCAGAUUUCUAUGAAGUCAAAAGAUGCACCUUAUUUUGUUAAGAUAAGAAAUUGAUCAAUUAUAUUUAGGGCCACUAAAAUAUAUCAAAUAAGACUAUGGAAGACACCUAUAAUAGUCUAUGUAUUUUCUGCAAAUUGUCACUCUUGAGGAACCCAGACAUAUAUACUUCAACACACUAACAAAUGGCAUUCAAAGGCCUUCAGAAAUUUUACUGACCUGAAGCAUGCAUUUUGGAUGUGUUUACUACUGAUGAGUAGUCACAGAAAAUGAAUUGAAAAUGAAUGAUAUUUCCCAAAGAACAGUGAAAUAUCAGAAUACGUGAUGAUACUGGACACAGGACAGACUUUAACCAAGAAUAAAUAAUCUUGAAAGUACCAUGACAGAUAGUAUUCUGAAACUAAUAAGGUACACUGUCAUACACACUAGAGUGUUUUGAACCUCAACCUUAGGUUGUCACAUUUUAUUACGAGUUAAGUACAGUAGUGCUAGUUUUCUCCAGCAUGUUAUAGUGCAUAUGAACAUGCAUACAGAGACAUACUCAUGUACACACAACACUGAAAUUUCAGUUGCCGCCGAAUAACUAUAGAUCCUUUGAAAAGCAUUUAAUCCUGUUUCCAUCUGUGAUAAAAGCAGUUUAAGUUAGUUUUUUUUUCUUUCAAUGUGUUUGUUGUCAUAGAAUACCAGUAACUUGUUCACAUUUAGUUUUAAGUGUAAUCUAAGAAAGGAAAAGCAUAAAUUGAAAUAUAAAGUCACACCAAAUAAAGAAUCUCUCACACUCAGAACAUCUUUGUUAUACCUGUAGAGAGAUGUCAGUUUGUAUGAGAGAGAAUAUAAUUAUUAAAACAUUUGCAUACUCAAAUUAUGUAAUGUCCAGAGUGUUGUUAAUUUCUCAUUUAAUUAUUUGGAUACUUCACUUGCAAUUUCAGACGCUUGGUUCCAAAGUUACCCUGUCCAAAGCUUUGCUUUUUUCUAGAUCGCUGUUUAAACUCUCAUUAUUCAUGGAGACUCGCGUGAUGGUAAAAUAUAGACUUGCAACCGAUAUAUAAAUAUAUAUACUCAAGAGGAUGAUAUUUUAAUCGUAUGAGAUAAAUGCUCUGGAAAUCCAAGGUUGGUCUAGCCAUUGUCUUUAGAAUAGCACUGUUUUGAUAAAAGACCCUGAUAUCAUGCAGAAUUUGUGACAAAUUGAGAUUUAUCGUUAUCUUUUUGUCCCUCUAACUUUUUCUUUUUUCCCCCUCUUGUUUCACAUGAGCCAUAGACAUUCACUGUCACAAAAGGUUCAAAUGUGCAAGCAUUUGUCUUUUCUAAAUCUAUAGUUUGCCCAGAUUGCAAUGUCUCCCUCUUUUAAACUGUUCUCUUUUCAUUCUGUUAUUCUUGCCUUUGUUACACCUGCAACGACUCUCUGUACCUUCAUACUAACAGUCAGAAAAAUUUUUAUAAUUAGCCUGUCUGUUAUGUAAUCUUAGACAAAAGUUGUAUAAUUUUCAACAGAGAACUAAGAAAUCUAACCUUACCAUCUUUGGAUUUAUUCAGUUGUAAAAUUGUGUUUUCCUUACUUUUUUAUUGUUAUUACAACUCCUACUCCUUUGACCGUUGCUACAUUUAGUAUUACAAUUCGCUUAAAGGAAAUAGAUUAUUUUCAACUGUAAUUAUUGCAGUUUUUUUUUUUCCUCACCUCUAUUUUGUAUGGUAUUGUUUCAAACCAAUUCACCAUUAUGAUGUAAUUGUCACUUACAAAAAUAACCCAUUACAUUUUUGUAUUAUUGAUUUGGCUCUUAAAAAUUCACAAGUGGAGUAAUUCUGAGCAAGUUUUGUGUUGCUUCCUUGCACAAAACAGAAUACAUUUAAUUGAUUAAUUUUCAAAGUAAAAUACUGUAAAAUAUCUUGCACAGUUACAUGUUUUAUUAGAAUACAUAAAGGGUCCAUAAUCAGAUACUAAAAUGAAGAAAACGUGAUGUUUACAUCUUUUUGGUGAACACUGGCUGAAGCUUGUAUCAUCCAUUUCAUUGCUAAAAUGAAGAUUCUUUUUUUUUUCCCUAUCAAGUGGAGCCUUGGACACAACUCUUGAUACAGAUUAACCCUAGAACACUUCAUCAGCUCCAUGCACAUGUCUUGUCCCUCUUACAAAUGUAGCUUCAAUGGUAGUCAUGGAUAGGUGAAGUGUGAACACAUUCUGUUACCAUGUACACACAUAAAUGCUAUUUUGGUAAAGAGUUUUGCCUGUGCAUUCCUGUAGUUUUGUGUCUGGACCCCAGAUCUGACUCAUGCUUUAUAACCGUAACCUCUGUAUCCUGGUUCUGUAGCCCUUCACUCCACAGGACCACAUGUGUGCUCUUAACUGGUGCUGUCAGGUUUCAAUCCUAGUCUGAUAACAGCAAUGUGUUGUGUACAGUGGCCUGCUGACAUCCUACACUUUUUGAAAGAACACUCAAUAUAUUGUUCUCAUUGCUUUAUAACCCCCACCCCCUAAUAGCACCAAGACUGUCAAGUUGAGACCCAUCCAUUUGUAGGCAACACAUUCUGUCAUCUGUUCUUGAAAAACUGAUCCGUUCAUCAUCAAAACAAAUGCAUUGAUGCAUGCGUCAAGAUCUCCAAAAGCUCCAAACAACUUGUGAAGUGAAGGGUAAAGUUCAUUAUUAUUAUUGCUGUUAUGGUUAUGAUCGUUAUUAACAAUUUCUCAUUUUUAGUAGAAAGAAAGCACCUGAUUGUUUUGGAAAGAAACUUUUUCCUCUUAAUUUGUCUUGCUGUUGUGGUCUGAUUUCACAAUGGAUUGGGGAGAAAGCCAAAAGGCUCAGAGAGAGAGUCCAAGUUGGCAGUCAUGUUUGUAUGGUUGGGAAAUGACUUGCAGUGCUGAAAUAAAAUCUAUU